AUGUACUCACACACUAUUUGGCACACGCGCAGCUGGUGGACCUCCCGACAUGACAAGGGCAUAGUCCCACCAUCUAAAGACACCGGGGCUCUCCUCCGGCGCAGCUGGACAGAGUGUAUCAAGGUUUCUACAGAUUCCAACCCAGUGGCCUUUGGUACCCAAAGGAAGCGGCACAUGCAGUGCCCUGAGCCGGCUGCAGUACCCAGAAUGGCUGGAGCGCAGAAGCUGAAGGGGUGA